CUGAAAUUAAUUGAACCAAGACUACUUAAGCCAUGGUUUAACAACAUACUUUACUUUGGUACAAAGUGAAGAAUCAGUGCUUAAAUGUGCAAGACGUCCCACUCUAUGACAGCCUUGGUCUGUGUUGUUCGGCGACUCAAACAAGAGGGGACCUGAUCAUAAUAACCUAGAGUGCCAUGAAGAAAGUAGAGAAUCGGGGCUUAGACCUGCCAUGAUUCACCAGCUACUAGUUCAAAGUGAAGAAUCUUACUUAGAGCUUGACAAAGUAAGGGGCAUGAUAGUUUGAUCCGCUUGCCAGGAACAGUGCUUUCAGGGUUCACACAUGACAGACACAUUCACUGUGGACAUAGUCCGAGACGGUAGAAUACUGAAUCGCCCCACUAUGAAACCAAAGUAUAGCAGUGAUCAAUUUGCACAUAUCUGAUAUAAAUAAUCAAUUCUCAAAUAGCCAUGCACCAAGUGAUUUUGACAGUUUAGGUACAAAGACUAAGAAAGUGGUGCAGAAUCUUCUGAGUUCAGAUUGUAUCCUGGAGUGAAGAAUGAAAGCGCCGACCGCCAUGUAGCAAAAUUCAUAAACCUAAUUGUUUGAGACAAUCAGCGAAGUAACAACUUGUAAUCUGGAAAAAGGAAAUUGUUCAUGUUCUGCAUAGACUUUACUCAUCUGGACUGACAUCUUCCGCGCUAUUGCAUAUAUAGUUCAAAAGAGAAGCUGUACGUGCCAAUAAAUCUUCGGGUCGCCAAAGGCAACAUUGUAGACGCCAUUUCCUUUCUUACAUGAGGCCACUGCUUUUCAUGCACGCAAUGGUGGACCUCAGUUAAAGAAUGACAGACCUUAAUCGACCACAAUGCUGUCCAGUUUAACUCUGCUAGUCUGAACACCAUCUAGGAGAAGUCUGAGACCAACUUUUAGUUCUGGAAGACCCUCCUCUAAGACUGCACGGACAGGGUAGAUGGGGACGCCCUGCACUCUUUUUUUCAGUUCUCCAUAGACCUCAAUUGCACCUGCCUCGUCAAUUUUGUUAGCAACUACAAGAGAUGGCCGCUCAGACAACCCAGGCUGGUGACAUUCUAGCUCCAUAACUAGGUCUCUUGGCUGUUCCCACGGUGGAAUCCCUUUUCUUCCAUCCAAUGAAGCCGAUAAAUCUACAACAUACGCAAGAAUCUUUGCGACCGCCUAUUGAUUUAAGUACCGGUGGUUUCCUUACUUCUUCGUUCCUUGUCUUCAUUCACUUAAAUUCCAACGGUCCAUCAAUCACCAACAACCUCACUCAUCAACUACCCAAACGCAAAAAAUCUCAUACAAAAAGGGAAAUCUGGUCUGUAAGGGCCGUCCCAGAUUCCGGAUCUGUGGUGAUGUGCUUGGAAGGGAAGGGAAGGUGGUGGUAGAUUUAAAAUAGGAAGGCGGAUUUGAUUUUAAAUAGAGGGGGCAAUCAAAGGAGGCACCAUCCCUCUGUUUCCUCUCUCUCUUUCUCUGUGACAGUUAACCAGGCCAUACGUUGCUUUCCUCCAUAUUUCCGUCCGCCGUCUCCUGUUUUCCGCCGAUGGGGCGUGCCAAGCUUCCGAUCAAACUCAUCACCGGCGAACGAUCCCGCAACGCCACUUUCACCAAGCGCAGUCGGGGCCUGACGAAGAAGAUUUUUGAGUUCUCGACGCUCUGCGACGUGGAGGCACGCAUGAUCGUCUAUAGCUCAGCGCCGGGGUCGUGCCCCCAGACGUGGCCGGAGGACCCAGCUAAGGUCGGGAGGGUGAUCAAGCGGUUCCAGCGGGCGCCUAAGGAGGAGCGCGACAAACGGCAGCAGGACAUCUCGAGCCUUCUGCGAUCGAAGAAGAAGAAGCUGCAGGACGAACUGGAGCACAGGCGGGAGGAGAACCCGAAGCUGGCGUCUCUGUUGCUGUGGAACCAAUCGAGCCUGGAGGACAUGGACCUCAAGGGAGUGCUCGAUUUGCAACUCCGGCUGGACUCCAAGAUGAAGCAGGUGAACCGCAGCAUUAAACAAUACCUGGGUGAGUCAUCGAAGGUGCCGGGAAGCACGAGGUCGUACCAUGUCGCAAGGUACGAGACCAAGUUGCAGUCCGCUCUUCUUCCGCCACCUCCGCUGCCGGCAGGCACCAUUACUCUGUUGGAAUCGGAAGAAGUACUGGUGCAUUUCGGUUACGACAAUGACAACGCGCCUUGUGGUGGUGGUGGUGGCUUAACCAGCUGCUGGCUCAGCGACUAUGAGGCCGCUCUCAUCCCUGGCGCCACUCCUGCUUGCUACUGCACCCAACCGACGCCAUGCAUGCAAACACCGGCGGCGUUCGAGUGGGGGAUGCAGGAGAGCAACGCCUCCUUCAUGGCUGAAGAAACGUUCACCACUAAUAUCGAUGAUCAGAAGACGAUGAAGCAUCAACAGCAGCUCGUCUCUCAAGCACCGCCUUAUACCCCUACUCCCUCCGAUGCACGAGGACAUGGAUCUCUUUAUGGGCCUCAUGGAUCACUCGGGCCCCAUGCAGUCGUUUGAUUAGUGGAUGGAUUGAAGUCAUGCAAGAGGCCAUGG